AUGCCCAUCAAACGCAAAGCUACGGAUAGCGGUCGGUCAAGUAGAGCAUCGAAACGGCCCACACCUGUGCCGGAUGUUGGUAGUAGUGAUGAAUACUCAGACUACGAGGAAGAAGUCAAGGAUGAUAACUUGAAAGGUGUCUUGGAGAAGUUCUCUCUCGAAUCCAAAAGCGCCGCCGUACAGAGACAGGACCCCGAUUUCGGUUACAAGGACUUUUCCUCGCUAUCGUUGAAACCCGAUCAUGCGAACCGCCCGCUCUGGAUCGAUCCUCUCAAAGGAACUAUCACUUUGGAGAGUUUCUCGCCGCUUGCACCCCAGGCGCAGGACUUCUUGACUACUAUCGCCGAACCGCUGUCGCGUCCGACCCAUUUGCACGAAUACCGAUUGACGGGAAAUAGUUUGUAUGCGGCUGUCUCGGUGGGUUUGCUGCCUCAGGAUAUUAUCAACUUUUUGGAUCGAUUGUCGAAAACGCCGCUUCCGGAUACCAUCAAGUCGUUCAUUCUCGACUUCACGAAAUCAUACGGAAAGAUCAAGGUCGUGCUGAAACAUAACCGCUUCUUCGUGGAGAGCACCGAUCCGGCGAUGUUGCAAAUGCUGCUGCAGGAUGAGGUUAUUGGGUCUCAGAGAUUGAAAGGCACGGAGGGCAUUAUUCAGCAGGCGGCCCCGAAAAUGGGCGGCUUGGUGAUUCCGGGUACAAAGGAUGCAGCGGGUGUUAGGCAGGCCUCGGAGCAGAAGCCGGCGGAAGACGGCGCAGGCGAAGCUCGUAAAGAGGACGAUAUCCUGCUGGCGAUUCGCGACGAUGAUGACGAUGAGGAGGAAGUUCAAGUGCACAGUUUCGAAAUCCCCAACGAGGCAGUCGAACCCGUCAAGGCGCGCUGUCAGGCCAUGGGCUGUCCAGCGCUGGAGGAGUAUGAUUUUCGAAAUGAUGAGAUCAAUCCCACUUUGGAUAUCGACUUGAAGCCAGCCGCAAGAAUUCGAAGCUACCAAGAAAAGAGUUUGAGUAAGAUGUUCGGUAACGGACGUGCGAAGAGUGGAAUCAUUGUCUUGCCUUGUGGUGCAGGAAAGACGCUGGUGGGUAUCACGGCGGGCUGCACAAUCAAAAAGGGAACAAUUGUCUUGUGUACCAGUUCGAUGUCGGUCGUGCAAUGGCGUAACGAGUUCUUGCGCUGGUCCAACAUUGACCCCGGUGACAUUGCCGUGUUCACAUCAGACAACAAGGAGAAGUUCCGUCGAUCGACUGGUAUCAUCGUAUCCACUUACUCCAUGGUGUCCCAGACGCGUGCUCGGUCGCAUGAUGCGCAGAAGAUGAUGGAUUGGAUCCAGUCACGAGAGUGGGGUCUGAUGAUUCUUGACGAGGUGCACGUCGUGCCUGCGUCGAUGUUCCGAAAGGUCACGUCGGCAAUUGCGUGUCAGAGUAAAUUGGGAUUGACUGCAACGCUGUUGCGAGAGGAUGACAAGAUCAAGGAUCUGAACUUCUUGAUUGGUCCGAAAUUGUACGAAGCCAACUGGAUGGAACUGGCCGAGCAAGGGCACAUUGCCAAGGUUCAAUGCGCCGAGGUGUGGUGUCCGAUGACGACUGAAUUUUACUCUGAAUACAUGAGAGAGAAGUCACGAAAGGCUGCUCUUCUGUACAUCAUGAACCCGCGGAAAUUCCAAGCCUGCCAGUUCCUGAUCGACUACCAUGAGAAGCGAGGCGACAAGGUCAUUGUCUUUUCCGACAACGUCUAUGCUCUUCAACGAUAUGCCCUCAAAUUGAACAAGGCCUAUAUCUACGGUGGUACUCCGCAGAACGAGCGCAUGCGCAUUCUGGAGAACUUCCAGCACAAUGAACAAGUCAACACCAUCUUCCUCUCCAAGAUCGGAGACACAUCGCUCGAUCUGCCGGAAGCCACUUGUCUGAUCCAGAUUUCGUCUCACUACGGUUCCCGUCGUCAGGAAGCCCAACGACUUGGUCGUAUUCUGCGAGCCAAGCGUCGUAACGACGAGGGAUUCAACGCCUUUUUCUACUCGCUCGUGUCGAAAGACACAGAUGAAAUGUUCUACUCCUCCAAGCGACAGGCUUUCCUUGUCGACCAGGGCUACGCGUUCAAGGUCAUUACUCACCUGCAAGGCAUAGAAAACCUGGAGGGUCUGGCGUACGCCACACCAAGCGAACGGCGUGAGCUGCUGCAGGAGGUGAUGUUACAGAACGAGACCUCUGCUGAGGUAGAGCACGUCACGGACGAUCUCUUCUCAGGACGUUCGGGCGGCCAGCGAAAGGGAGCAGUCAAGCGCAGUGCGGCGACGCUCAGCGGCCUGGCCGGCGGUGAAGACAUGGCGUAUAUUGAGUACAACAAGAGCCGGAACAAGCAGCUGAAGGAUAAGGUGGGCCAUCACCCGCUGUUCCGGAAGCUGGAGCGGGAGCGACUGAAGCGGAAGAAGGAGUUGGAGGAUUUCAUGCGGUAG